GCGCUUCAUCAGCGAAAUGUCAUUUUAGGAAGUGGUUUUGGAAAUGUAACAACAACGCGUUGACACCACAUCCAUGGUUGACAGAGAAGGAGCUAAAAAUCACAGCUGAACCAGAUGAAGAGAGAGAUUUAAUCACAGAAUGCACCGAAGAUAUGGCAUCCGCUUUCUUUAACAUGCUGCAUGUUUGUCCAGAAAAACACACAGACAAACAAGAGGAGGAAACUUAAACACUUUGUGUUCUCCUUCCUGACCUGUAAUCCUUGUGCGAUGGACAGGCCUCUGCUGGGUCGAUUGUCGGCUCGGGGCUGCUGCUCCUACAACACACUCAAGGCCUGGCUGCCAAUCCUCUCCUGGCUACCCAGGUACAAGCUGAAGUGGCUUCAGAUGGACCUGCUCGCAGGCCUCACCGUCGGGCUGACAACUGUACCGCAGGUGCUGGCUUAUGCUGAAGUAGCCGGCCUUCCUGUUCAGUACGGACUCUACUCUGCCUUCAUGGGGGGGCUCAUCUACACCCUCCUGGGGACCUCUAAGGACGUGACACUGGGUCCCACGGCCAUCAUGUCCCUCCUGUGCUUCUCCGUGGUGGGGGGGCAGCCGCACCGAGCCGUGCUGCUGAGCCUUCUCUGUGGAGUCAUCCAGGCUCUAAUGGCAUUACUGAGAUUAGGUUUCCUGCUAGACUUCAUCUCUUUCCCUGUAAUAAAAGGCUUCACUUGUGCUGCUGCGAUAACCAUUGGCUUUGGCCAGGUCAAGAAUAUUCUGGGACUCCAAAGCAUUCCCCACGAGUUCGUCCUGGAGGUCUACUACACCUUCUACAAGAUCCCAGAAGCCAGGAUAGGUGAUGUGGUACUGGGUCUGCUUUGUCUCGCUCUGCUGGUCAUGUUGUCCUUUAUGAAGACGAGUCUGGGCUCUGACAACGCUCCCACCUGCGCCAGAGUCGCCAGGAAACUAGUGUGGACGGUUGCUACCAUGCGUAACUCUCUGGUGGUCGUGGCUGCAUCCUUGGUAGCAUUUUCUUGGAAUGCUUACGGUCAUCCCGUGUUUACAGUCACUGGGGAAACUUCCCAGGGGCUCCCGCCAUUCAGGCCCCCACCCACCUCAGACACCACAGCUAACGGCACCGUCGUCUCCUUUGGAGAGAUUGUAGAGGGCUUUGGAGGAGGGCUUGCUGUGAUUCCCUUCAUGGGUCUGUUAGAGAGCAUUGCUAUUGCUAAAGCUUUUGCCAGUCAGAACGACUACAGAAUUGAUGCCAACCAGGAGCUGCUGGCAAUUGGUGUGACCAAUAUCAUGGGCUCCUUUGUGUCAGCCUACCCUGUCACUGGCAGCUUUGGAAGGACGGCAGUGAACUCUCAGACUGGUGUUUGCACUCCAGCUGGAGGAAUCAUCACCAGUGUGAUAGUGUUGCUUUCCCUGGCGUUCCUCAUGCCGGCCUUCUACUACAUCCCCAAAGCUUCCUUAGCUGCUGUUAUCAUCUGUGCGGUAGCUCCCAUGGUGGAUUACCGCGUCGUGACUAAGAUGUGGAGGAUACGCAAGCUGGACCUGCUGCCUUUUGUUGUGACGUUCCUGAUGAGUUUCUGGCAGGUGCAGUACGGCAUCGUAGGGGGUGUAGCUGUAUCUGGAGCCCUGCUGCUGUACAACCUGGCAAGACCCCAGAUAAAGGUGUCUGAUCACGGUGUGCUGGUGAUGGAGUUGGGCAGUGGACUCAGCUUCCCUGCCACAGAGUAUCUCAGCCACAUCAUACACACUCAGGCUCUGCAGGCGGCUCCUCCACGCUCAGUGGUCCUGGAUUGCCAUCAUGUCAGCAUCGUUGAUUACUCAGUGAUCAACGAGCUCAGGGACCUGCUGAAGCAGUUCAAAUUACGAGAAGUGCAACUGGUCUUUUCCAGAUUGCAGCCCUCUGUUCUGGAGGUUCUCCUUGCAGCUGAUCUGCAGGGCUUCAGGUAUACAGACAGUGUGGAGGCGGCGCUGCAGAUGGAGUCAUAGAGCCUCCUCAAUGUGUGACACAAAAACCAUCCAAUCACAGACUGGAGAGGAGAUUUUUGAUGCUGGACAGAGGAAAUGUAGCAACACUGAUCAGUGACAUUUCGGAUCUGAGGUUAUUUGGCUGUUGUGAAGUU